CUUCAACAUUUUUAUCGCCGCACAGACGGCCGUGGGAGAGCCUAUCGUUCACGGGGAAUUAGCAUUUCUUUCGCGCAUCAGGUGUAGAACUACUUUUCUUGGCUCGACACGCGCACGUUUGCUCGCUGCAAACAGUCGUGGACUCCAGAUGGACGGAUGAGCUUAGCUCGCAAUUGGUACUGUUUGGAUUGUAAGUACGGCAGCGCUGCGGGGGAUUAAAAGUACAAGUACGCGAGCUGCACGCCCAUGGGAAAUCAAUCUGUGCCUUGGCCUGCCGCCAGAAGCCAAUCACCGUGCCCGGAGGAGGUUUGCCCACACGCACGACAGCGUACGCGUGAAGACACGGUUUAGUAGCGAUCAAGGACGCGCGACGGUUACACGUUAAUGUUGUGAUGGGGCUACUGGUAGUACUAAACGCUGUGCGGAUGUCUUGGCUGGUGGCAACACUUCUCCUCUGUUUGUGGGUCACCACGGGGCACUGUCAGCAGAAUCCUGGCUUUGCUGCGCCCGUCGCUAACGUGGACACAAUCGUCGGCCAGCCAGCCAUCCUCCGCUGCACGGUCAAGAACAGGGGCGACGCCAGAGUCAGCUGGGUCAAGAACAGCAUCCCUGUAAGCAUGGGGGACGACAUCCUACUGGCCGACAAAAAUCGCAUGUCACUCAUCAACACAGGCAGGCAGUACGAUCUCCAUAUCCAGCCUACCGUCCUAGCAGAUGAAGGCACCUACACGUGCGUGAUAUACUUCUCAUCGGGGUACAACUCUUCCUCUGGGGACCUGACAAUCUUGGUACCACCCACCGUGCAGUCUAUGACAGUGAAUGGCCUGGAAGUCAGGGAUGGCCAGAAAGUAGUAGUGGAGGAGGGGACAGACACACUUUUUAACUGCACUGCCACCGGCAAGCCUGUACCGAAUGUCAUAUGGAAGAAGCUCGGGGAACAUGGUAAGGCCAGCGUGUUCUUCCGGAAUAGCACGGUACUGAUGGCGAACGUCAGCCGCACCGCGUCCGGACGGUAUAGCUGCCUGGCUUCGAACAAUGUUUCGCCGACAGACAACAGAGUGAUGGAUUUCGAGGUCCAUUACGUGCCAACGGUGGCCCCUCAGCGGUCUGAGGUUAUGGCGGUAUUGCGAGGAAGGACAUCGCUAAGAUGUGACGUGGAUGCCUUGCCGGCUGCGACACAGCUGGAUUGGUACAAAGAUAACCGCAAGAUCUCACAGGGACAGAGAUACGAGUCUACCGGCAGAUCGACAGGAACAUUGAUCUUGGAGCUCAGGGAUGUUAGGGACGGAGACUUUGGGGAGUACAUAUGUCGCAUUACGAACAGUGUUGCUGUCAAAGAAGCGAGCAUUACGCUUUUCGAGGUGGCGACACUACCUCCGACUACUCCGGGAUAUGCUGAACUUGAUGUUGGGAGUGGUCAUCGGUUAAGUUGUACGUGUAUAAGCUUAUGGAUAGUCCUUAUAACGCUCAUACUUCAAUGAUGAUAGUGAAAAUGCCAACAUCAUCACUCAUUCAGGUAGCAUAGCAUAACCAGCCUGGUAGAUGAGAUAGCUGUUGUGUAACAAUAGACCACGGCAAGUAUCUUUGAUAUUUGCCCAGGGGUAAGAUAUGUAAUUUAUUGAGCUGCCUACAUCUCUAAUGUGUACAAAUUACCGCCAGUCUGUAGGGUUCCAGCAACAUAGGCCCAGAGUUGUAGAUAAGUCUUUGUAAUAAGUUAUGAUUAGGCUUUGUAUUACAUGUAUGAAAUGGUGUGUGGGUGUGUAUGCGUGAUUGUAACUGUAAAAUAGAUAAGUUCUGCACUUGGCAGGAGCUUUCUUGGGAAACAUAACUCCAGGAGCUACUGACUUGUAGGAGCUAGUUCUGGAGCUCAGUCUGACAGAAAUACCCAUCAGAGGGCACUUAACGUCAAGUGUGAUGUCUCAAUAGCCUUAGCGCCAAAAUUGGUACUGAAGGACAUAAAUGAACCGUGAUGGUAGCACUUAGCUCUGCAUGCUCCGCAUAAUUGAAAUUGGAGUCAGGACUAAGUCCAGAAAAAUCCCCACUGAAUGUCUACAUGACAGUAAAGGAAGUAUCUGAGUACCGUGUAGUAUAGUUGUCCAAUUCCAACCUAGGAUUACUGGUAUCUGCUGUGACGUAACAUGGAAUCAUGAUGUCAGGAAGGGUCAGAAGUCUUCAGAAUUCUGUCCCUGUAAAUUAAGCCUAAGAAGAGCCAUAGCCACCUUUAGAAGUUGUGCACAUGGUCGGAAUUGAAAUGUGAUGGUCUGGCUGGCAACUUGGUGGUGAAUUUCACAUUCGAGGGUGGACAGGGAGGAUUGUAGGGAUGGGGAUGGGUUGAUGCCGAUGGUUUGACAGGGUGUUAGUUUUUAGGUUUGUUCUGUAUAUUUGUUUUUUCUGACAACUUUUUUCCCCCAAAUGUUAGUGUCAAAAUAGGCGGUGUAAAUUUGUUCAUUCCCAAUGUCAUGCAAUUUCUCACCCAACAGGCGAACCCUUUGUGGACUUCUCUGUCUCAUUUUUGCUGUUGCAAAGAAACCUCCACGUCUGAAUUGAUAAAUGCAAGAGUUUAACAUUUUGUCUUAAGUCAGGUCAUAAAUCAUGUAUAAAAUGACUUUCAGCCAAUAAUACUUGCCAGAAUGUCCCUCUGUACUACAUAGUGCCUAGAAAACGCGUUUUAGAUGCACUUAAGCUGCCUCUCGCACUUUGAAAAAGUGACAAUUUUGUGCUGGCUAAAAGUGUUCUGGGUCAUGUGUGGUAGUUGUCAUGUAUUCUGGUAGCCAUUAGUGUACAGAUGACUCCAGACAAAUGGUUAUAAUCUAACCAGGUGACAGUGAUGUUAAUGAUAGACAUGAAUCUCCUGAAAUUUUGAUUUAAAAAAAAGCGCUAGUGUUAUAAUGUCAAUGCCAUUUUGAAGACUCAACUGUAUUUUUCAUUAUUCUUGUGGAUUACAUUUGAGUUUUUAGAAUUCCUAUUGGGGAAGUCAUUAUAGACAAAUGGUGUGGGGAAGAAAUGAUUUGAGGCUUAUCUCCAAUUGGUUUUGCCUUUGAGGGCUGUCUAUCUGAAGUGCUAUACAGAGAUACAAGUUCAAAGUAUGUUUGUUCAAUACAGACAUUGCUAUCUGCUCACUACCCUGGCUCCAGGGUUAAUAAUGUGACCCGUCCAAGCGUCAUAGGCGAGUACAUUCAUAUUGUGUAUGACGUGUGAUCUCUGCAUGAUCUACAGAUAAACACAUCCCCGGUGACGACUAGUGUUGUAAAAGUAAAACUUCUCAGAAUCUGAUGGGUGGCUGAGAGAUUUGGAGGAGUGAUGAGCAAAAAUAAAGACUUAUCAUCUA